CUCCCCCAUUUGCAGUGAAAUAACCAGAGAGUUCUAGCUGUAAAUUUUCGCCCAUUUUGCGCUACUGCAUUCAAAAUAAGAAGAUGAAUGUACAAACUGAAUAUUACAUACGACUUCUGCUGACCCUCGUUCAAGGAGGCAUGCUGGUUUGUAAAGGUAUCAUUGAUAGAGAGCUUGCAGGCAUUACAUUGGAUGUCAUCCUGAAACCUCAUGUACCAAAACUGAAGAAGAAGCUUAUAAAGUCCCAGUAUAUCAUACUGUUUCCUAAGAUUGGAACCCCUGAUGUUGAAGACCUUGAUCUUUCCUUGCUGACAGUUGUUCUUCAAGAUGUGAUGAUGCUUUCUACAGCUGACAAACAGUAUAUUAAAGUAAUAAAGGAAACAAGAAACACAUUGGCGCAUAACUCCACAGCUUCAGUUGAACUCGCUGAUUACAACACCUUGAAAACAGAUCUGGAAGACGCAUUGACGAAAUUGUGCCUGGGCCUUGACGUGACUCUACAGACUGAAUGCUCACAAUUAAUAAAGAAGUUCACAGGCGAACCUCUUGAUGAGGCAACUGCUUUAAAGUAUGUUAUGGAGCUGAGGAAUGAAGAUGAGCUAUUGCAAGAUUUUGAAGGAAUGUUGGAAAAACAGUCUGAAGAUAUUGUGCAAGAAGUCAAAGCAUCAGAGAACCGAUUACAAGAAUCGCUCUCAGAUUUUAAGCAGGAAGUAAUAGAAGAGUUUCAGAAACUGCAUUUUGGAUGCACAGACGAUUCCACUAAAUCAAAUUUUCCCGAUACAUUGCCCAGCUGUGAGGUUUGUUUCAAUGUAGGCAACACUGCAACAUUCUAUUGUGAAACCUGCUGUCAGUUUAUGUGCACUGAAUGCAACCAACGUAUCCAUACUGUUGAGAAGACGCACAGCCGGCAAAGAUUAGUCAAAGGUAAACCAAUAAAGAUAGAUAUGAAGGGUUAUGACUUGUGUGACAUACAUAAAAAGAGCCUCUUAUAUAUCUGCAAAUCUGACAGUAAACUUUGCUGUGAGGUGUGUUUAAAAGAGAAACAUGAAAACUGCAGUACAAUUUAUUCCAUUUCUGAAGAAACGUGUGAAUCAACACACAAUCCAACAAUGGAAAUACCUCGACUACAAAACGAAGCACGCCUGCUUAUGGCAUGGUUGUCUUCCAUUGAAAGAGAUGUAAACAAGAAUGUAGAAAGUAUUACAGCAAGGUUAGAUGAAUACAGAAAUGCGUUAUUGAAGCAGUUUGAUUCUGAAUCACAAAAAAUAAAAGAAAAAGCUAAUGAAAUGAAAAAUAGUACAUUGAAAGAAAUAAAGAAAAAUCGCAAAUACUGUGAGCAUGUCAUUGAGAAAUCUGAACAAGCCAAACUUUCAAUGAUAAAUAUGACUAAAUGUGGCACACCCUCACACAAACUUAUGUCUCAAUAUCGGAUAGAGGAAUUUAGAAACGAAGUGCAGUCCCUAACAGAUGUGGAUAUUGUAUCUUUACACAUGGAGUUAAAAUUACCAGAGCAAAUUGCACUUCAUUCUGAACUAGUACCAGUACGAGUGGAGGCACCGGAAACCAGGCCGGUACAGUUGUUUCUGAUUGGUGUUCUCGAACUGAAGCUUAAUGAAAACGAAAAGAGAGUACCACUUUACACAGGACUGGAUUUCUUGCCUGAUGGCAGGCUUGUAACCGUAGAUAAUUACAACAAGAAAUGUUUGAUUUACAAUGAGAAGCUUGAGAAAGUAGGAUCAUAUCAGUUAUCGUAUUGGCCACAGAGUGUAGUUGUUGUAUCUGAGGAGGAAGUGGCGAUAACAAGUGCCAUUCAGUACAAGAUAGACUUUCUACGUGUCAGUAAAUCUAAUGAAAUAACUUUGAUAAGGACAUGUAAAGUAACAACUAAAUAUGCGUCAAUAUGUAUGAAAGAUGAUAGGAAUUUUGUUGUUGGAACAAUUAAUGAUACUAGGUCUUUUCGUAUUGUAUCUCUAUCAGGAGAAGAGAAAGAUUUCAGUAUCGACUUUCAGAAUAAAAAGUAUACGAUUGACACCAGUGCCUGUACAUAUAUAACAGAUAGAGACAAAGUUGCUCUCACUGAUAGAAAUGCUCACACUGUCUUUAUAUAUGACAACAUGACCAACAGCAGAGUUGAUGUUGUGGACGAACAAAUCAGAGAACCAAAAAAAGCCGCAAUAGGACCGUUUGACUGUAUCUUUGUUUGUAGUAAAGGGACAGACAGCAUUGUACAGAUUUCCCCGUUAGGAAAAAUUGUAGCAUCUCACAAGAUAGAUAUGAGGUAUCCUUUCAGUAUUUGUUUCUCAAAGGACAAAUCAAGACUUGCCAUUUCUAACAGUACUGAGGGAGAAAGAAACUUGCAACUAUUCAAAGUAGUGAUAUGAUAUUAUGUAAAUACACAAACAUCUCCAACAGAAAAAAGUGGUAGAAGAGUGCAGGAAACAGUAAUAUCAGAAACACAAAUUUUACAAAUUACUAAUAAGUGUUAAGGUUAAAAGAAUAAAUUGAUUAUUUUCUUUCUAUGUGUAUCUAUAUUUAAUUGUUAGUGUGUGAUAAACAGUACUAAAAGUACCGUUGGAAGCAUUGAAAGUAACUAAGUAUAGGGAGUCUGAUCGUGCAUACCACACACUAGGCCUAACAACUGCCUUAGUGGAAGUCAUAAACAGAUAUAUUGAAGAAUACCAUGUUCCAAAUGUAAUAUUUUUAGAGGAUAUUUGGUGUUAUUCUAGCAAAUAAAACUGCUGUUCUUAUCACUAUUCUCUUACAGGAGAGUAAGUUUACAAGUAUUAACAGAGUUUCUCGCACUUGCAUGCUGUUUAACACUUUUUUAUAUUAUGCCCGUUCAAUGGAAAGAGAUAAGUCAAAACAAAGGUGGUCAGCGUGAUGAAACAGCAAAGAUAUACGAGCGCAUUUCAUGGACAUUUGUUAACAUUCAUGGACAAUAUAUACAGUUAUUAGAUUUUAUAUAUUUUAUGCUAGCAUUAGCGCAUGUUCAUUGAGAACAUCCUCAAAAUCCAACAAGAUACAUUGGUACCUUCACUUAAGCGGGUUCAGUCACUUUCCAAUCUCUCGGGGAUUCUGCAGAUGGUAUAACAUGAAAACAAUGUGCAUUAUUCCUACAGUGUUUCUGACGGCGACAUUGUACUCGCCCGUCUAGGUCAAAACAUUGUUUAGCCAUUUUAUUUCCAUGUUAAACAAGUACAGUCCAUAAAAUAAACAAACGUGUUUGUAAACAUGGACGGAUCCAAACGGAAGGGGAAGAAGCAUUUUAUAGAAAUAUUUCGAUGGCAAAAUACAAUAUAUAUCGUAGUCCUGACCAAGCUAUAAACCGGGUCAAUCUAUUAUAUAAGUACAACAACACGGUUGACUCAUUUAAACGAACUGUAGACAAAGGGAGUCACACGGACAAUUAACUCGCAUGUAAAUAAAUUUCAGGUUAUAAAAUACUGGUCAUCUACAAUUUUAUAAGCCCGCCUGCUUAGCUCAGUAGGUAGAGCGUUGGCCUACGGAUUGCGGGGUCGUGAGUUCGAUCCUUGGGCGGGGCGUAUGUUCUCCAUGACUAUUUGAUAAACGACAUUUUAUCUGAAAUCAUUAGUCCUCCACCUCUAAUUCAUGUGAGGAAGUUGGCAGUUACUUACGGAGAACAGAUUUGUAUUGGUACAGAAUCCAGGAACACUGGUUAGGCUAACUGCCCGCCGUAACAUGACUGAAAUAGUGUUGAAAAAUGGCGUUAAACCCAAAACAAACAAACAAAACAAAAACAACUUUAUAAACAAUGUAACUUUCAAGCACACCCUUACAAUUAGUGAUUAUGAUGAAAUUUGUCAAAAUAUUCUUGGAGGUUUUUAUUAAAAAUUGUUAAAUGUCAUAUUCUAUUCAAUAUAAACAGUAACGAAUCUGUUGUGAAGAACAUAUCGGCUUUAGUAGGUGUAAUAGCUGAAAAGUUAUACAUUGUUUGUAUUUCACACAUUAUUACUUUCAAAUUCCGAAUCAAAGUUUAUGCCACAUGUUGUAUCAUAUGAAGCUUAUUUGUCUAAAUGGCUUAAGGUGUUUCAGUUCGAAAUUGUUGAAAUUACUGAAUGCAAUAUUCCUAUUCUUGCAUACAUUUUAUUUUGUGUAAUACCAAAUGUUUUUGUAGAGUAAGUUGUUUGAACAUGAAUUACCCGUUUUGUACAUAUUGUAUUCCGUUAAUGUAUGCUUGUGCAAUUUUCCAAGUAGACAUUUAUAUAUUUAAAUAUCCUAAGUAAUUUAUCUAGUCCCCAUCUGCUGGAUAAAAAUGCUUUAUGUAUGAAUGCUACUGGAAAAUUUAAAUGUUGCGUCAUGUGUUGCACAUGCAAAAAGACAAAUAUCGGAUACCUUAAAACACGUUUGUCUUAUACACUGUCAGCUAGAAAAAUAAAAACUUGUAAAAUUUUAAAAAACGGCAAUGCUGCUUCGAUAGCAAACGCGCAGGUCGGAUGACCUAAGUCAUAUGAAAGGGAUAGUUAUCUACAUUAUGAAUUUGUUUAAGAUUAUCAAGAGUUUACAUGAUAAAGAAAUAUUUGAUUUUAGUUAGUUCAUUCUUCUGAGAAAAGUAAUGAAUAUACAUUCUUGUUUGCCUGAAUAUAUGCCAUCACAUCAACGUCAAUUUAUUCUAAGAUAUUUAGACCUUACCCUUAGAAAUAACAAGCAUAAUUACCAAAGGUUCAUCAGAAAUUUAUCCAGUGUUACUGGACAAAGAUUGUUUCAUGUUAUUGUUAGUAGCUGUAACAAGAAUGAGUCAAAAAGUAAACUGUUUUCAAAUAAUUUGUCAGAAGUCUGUAUCUCAUGUAAUUGUUAGAUUUGUAAAACGUUAGAGGUCUUGUUGGAAAAGUCCACAUUCAAGUGUAUUAUUCUUUAUUUUGUAUAAAUUGUACAGUGUUUGCUUGAUAAAAAAGUAAUAAAA